ACUGUGAGCCUCGUGCGCGGACAGGCUGUGUCUGAGAAAACCUCGCUGGCAGAUGCGCAGGGAGCAGCCCACCGAGCGGUUCGAGUGGGCGUGUCCUCGGUGCGCACAGCUCUCGGUGGAGUUCUCGAGACGACCCAGCUCGGCGGGAAGUGUGCGUGUGAGCCGCUGUGGCUGUAAUACCAAGCCGCCGGCGCACUUGUAUGUUCAUAACGGCUGUCUGUCGGUCGGGGUCGGUCUCGGUCUCGGAGGAAUGAGUGAAUGUGUGUCAGGGACUCGCUGUGACGGGCAGGGACGCCGACAGCGUGUGUGAAGAGGCCAGCCUCGCUGACCGACGCUUGGUGCCUGCCGGGGCCGGUCGGCGCGCGCGCCCCUGUGCGCGUGCGUGUGGGGACGCGGCGCGCGCCGCGGCGGAGGGAGGCAGGCGGCGGCAGGCCCAGCCCCCAGUCGCAGCGCCCGGGGCGGCUCCUCUGUGAGCCUAGGACCACCGCGCUCCCGCCGCCACCGCUAGCACCGCCGCCGCCCCGCGCGCUGGCGUGACUCCCGGCCCGCGCCCUCCCACGUCUGCAGUCGGCUCGGCUUCCCGCCCGCCCAGACGCUGCUUCUCCCGGGCUCCCGGCCUCGACUCCGCGGAGGGAGCGGAAAUGAGUGCGGCGUCGGCGUCGGCGCCCGAGCGGGGUUGGAAGAGCGAGAAAGUGGACGAGGCUCAGGCCCUGGCGCGGAGUUGCGCUGCCCGCAGACCCGACUUCCAGCCGUGCGACGGGCUUUCCAUCUGUGCCACACACAGCCACGGCAAGUGCUUCAAGCUGCACUGGUGCUGUCACCUAGGAUGGUGUCACUGCAAGUACGUGUAUCAGCCCAUGACCCCCGUGGAGCAGCUUCCGAGCACUGAGAUUCCUGCGAAGCCUCGGGAACCCACAAACACCAUUCAGAUCUCAGUGUCACUCACUGAACACUUUCUGAAAUUUGCGUCUGUCUUCCAGCCGCCCCUCCCCCCGGAUUCACCGAGGUACUGUAUGAUCUCAGACCUCUUUAUUGACAACUAUCAGGUUAAAUGCAUUAACGGGAAGAUGUGUUACGUGCAGAAGCAGCCAGCGCCGCAUUCCCACAAGAUGAGCCCCGAGGAGGUCUCUGCACACGAUGCCUUAAUUUCGAGAGAGAGCAAUACACCAAAAAUAGAUCACUGCUCUUCUCCCUCAAGUUCUGAGGACUCCGGGAUCAAUGCGAUCGGGGCUCACUAUGUGGAAUCGUGUGAUGAGGACACAGAAGAAGGAGCAGAACUGAGUUCCGAGGAAGAUUACAGUCCGGAGAGCAGCUGGGAGCCAGAUGAGUGCACCCUUCUCUCCCCGUCACAGUCUGAUCUGGAGGUGAUUGAGACAAUAGAAACCACCGUGUGAGAGUCCAGGCAGGAAGCCAGAGCCGCGGAUCCGUGCUUAGCUUUUGUACUUUGUCCGAUGGAUCCUUUUCCCAACGCAGUUGGUUUUUUCUACCCCUAACACCUGUGGCAGUUCGCUGGUCUGCUGGUUAGCAUCACUCUCACGUUAGUCUUAUAACUAAGACAUUCUUUUUCUUAUAAAUGGUUUUCUUUUGUACCUUGACUUACUUUCUAUGUAGCAUCUGGUGUCAUGGAUUGUGACCCAGCCUUAAUCUCACUGGGAACUUGAAAGCAGUGAGGUGCAGAGUACCACGCAUCAGGUUGAAGAGCGGCCCGGAGUGAAGGAGGCUGUGGGGGAGCGGGUUGUGCGCACGCGCGCGCGCGCGCACACACACACACACACACACUUUGGGUGUGCCGUCAGGCGCCCCCACCCUGCUCGUCUCAAAUGGGGGUCAACUCAUGAGAGGGGAGCAGGGUGUGCACUGGCAGAGGCCACGCUGGCCCUUUUCCCUUCUCCCCACCACCUGCCUGGCCAGUGUGGCCUCAGCCUGCUCCUGCAGGUUCCCGGAGACCCCCGCUCAACCCCUGGUUCUGGCUGGAGCUAGACCUUCACUGAAGAGGAGUGGACACCUUCAGUUCUGUGUUCAGUCCGGCUUUAGCUGGGGGCCUGUGCUCUGCGGGGUGCAACACGUGCAUGCGGACUGAAGAGGACCUGCCUCCUGACAGGGAGGGGUCCGCAGCCCGAUAGACUGGGCCAGCGCAUGCAGGUCAUGGUACCCAGCAGCUCGGGAACCCAGGGGAGGGGAAGGGGUUCUAGGCUGGCAGCUGGGGAACGUGUUGCAGUGUUCGAGCUGGCCUCUUGGGUGGGUUCCUCCAUGUUUCCCUGUUUUUCUUAAUUGUUCUUCAAAUCCGGGGAAAACUUUUAGGAAGUUAUAUAGGUAUUAUAUUUAGGAGGCAGGCACAUCUGAUGUCUUAAGAAAAAAAAUCAAUAAUAGUUUUAGUUAGCAUGGAAAUGCUAAAGACAGCAGUCCUUUAGGGAUUAGGAAUGAAUCUAAUAGGUUUGAUUAAUUCUGCUUCAUUUGGGUGUAUGAAGCAUUAGAAUGGUUUAGGUGAGCAAUGGAUUAAAAUUCAGUAUGAUGCAUGGAUUUUUUAUGCAAAUGCAAAAGCAGUUGGAAUAGUUUGCUGCUAAGUCAGGAGAAAAUAGUUUGUGUGAUAUUCAUUCACUUUACUACAGUAACGGUCAUAGUCUGUUGUACAUGUUCUCUUUUCUCACACACACAAAAUAGUGAAUAAUUCUUUCUUAUUUAGCUCUCUUCAGAAUUCUCCUAAUUUCCAUUUAUACAAGGUGUUUUUGCGUGAGUUGCUUAUCUGCCAUUUCUCCAGAUCUGCUUUCUGUGAGGCAUAGUUAAGAAUCCAGGAAGUUUAAAAUAUGGCCCUAAUGAAACCAGAGCUAAUAGAGGGAUCCUAACCACGAGCGUGCUCUCGGGGCAUUAUCUCGUGCCCUGCCCGCAUUUUGGCACAUCUCUAUGUCACAUGAGUUUGUAUUCUAAGUAAUAAGAACAACAGUGUGUUCUUCCCUGAAGCCUCCAUUUGGCAUCCUUCACAAAUCACUCGAGGCAGGGUCUGCUUUCUUAGUUGUGUAUGUAGUUCACAGGGUUGGGUAGAACAUUUUCGUUAGGCUUAGGUGCCGGGAACAUCCCUAGGGAUUAGAAAGCAGAGUACGUGUAUUCCUUUGAAAACAGUGUCAGUUAAAACUUCCUAUGCUUGAUGAGAACGCAGCAUAAGGUUCCCAUUUACUGAAAUGUAAGGACUCAACAAGUCAAACCAGGAAGGUGGUGAGAGGAGCUGCAGGAACAGCGGGUACAGGAAAGGGCAGGUGGAGGCCGGGGUGCAGAGAGCGGCGUCCCCAGCCCAGAUGGCUUAGGGACAGACCUCACAGAGCCUGCCCUCGGUUCUCGGGGCCUCCGUGGUGGAGGGCAUGGAGGCUGAGUCCUGGGAGCCGAGUGGUGCAGCCAACCACUGUAUGCUUAGGCUGGACACCAGGGUCCUGUGCGCACCUGCCCUGUGGGAGAGCUCGCUGAAGCCCUGGGUGGUGUACGGAGGGCCGUCUUUCUCUACGCCUUUCCUAUCAGUUCUCAAAUCUGGGCCCACAUUCCCAUUCAUUAAACUGAUUGGAGUCAACCAGCAGGUCUCCAAAGCCAUGGAAAUAUGUGGUCAUAAGGCCAUGUUUCUGAAGCUGGCUUUGUCAGGGUUGGGGCCUUCUUCAUUGGUAAUAUCUAUGACUUUUGCCUAGGUUCCUGUUUUUUAAACUCUUGAACUGCCAUUCACAUUACCCAUGAUUUUAAUGGAAUUUUGGGGGUUAUUAAUGGUUGAUAAUCACUUUAAAUAUUUGCACAAUCUCUUUAUAAUUAAAAACUCACUAAGCUUCACUUGCUACUAUUUUAUAGAAUUGGAGAUACUCCAUUGGAUUCUAAAUAUCAGAUGCUCCUGGAUCUCAAAAUAGCCUUUUCUAAACAAGCACAAGCAAGAAUUUCUUUGUCCUAGCACUGUUAAUAAUUCUCUGGAAAUCAUAUAUGAUUGAACCAGAAUUGUUUCUUUAUGCUUGCAUUCCAAAAACAACUGAUAAGGAUAUAAAAAUGUGUAUUUACAACUUAAAUUCUAGGCCUAUCUGUUAUAUAUUAUAUAAAAGAAUUUCUCUGUAAACCUGAUAUUAUAUUGCUCAUUUGUAUAAGCAUAUUUAUAGGCACUUUAGAAAAUGUUUAGACUGCAGUGUGUAUUAUAGACAUCAAACACAGUCAUGUUAAAUAGACUUUUGGUUAAUACUUAUCCAUUGACAGGUAUGAAAACUGUAUAACGUGAACCUGGUAGUUUGCUCACUUGGAGCAAAGGGUUGGGCUGUGUGGAUGGAGAAACUGCUUUGGGGUCCUUGAUGGAAACCUGGCACCAUGCUCACUUCCCGCAAGUUGGUGUGAAAGCUGUUCGGUGGAGGAUGCAGUUAAGUGCUGGGUGGAAUGUAGCUUUCUUACGAAUGAACAUUUAUCUUAGAAUCGUCAAGGUUCAAAUAUGCUCAUAACUUUUCUGAGAAAUGACAGACCAAUUAAAAUGCUUUUGUGGUUUUAACUCUUCGGCACAUUAACAAAUAAGGCUUUCCCAUCAAAUCUAGGUAUUUUUUACCUUGUAAUUUUUAAGAUUUGAAGUAAGAAUUUGAGAAAACUCUGGGGGAAAAAUCAGUUGCUUUCCUGGAAAAGGAAAAUGUGUACUUGAAGGUAAUACAAAACCAAACCAAAUGAAACCGCCCAAGCCAAAACAACACUGCGAAGUGGUUGUCCUGAAGGACCUUUGGGAUUUGGUCUGGGAUUUGAUCCUGUUUUAGGGCUGGUGGUUUUAUUUUUUAACCUCCACUUCCUGGCCUCUUUGAGACCGUUCUUUUGGGACUAAUCGUAACAAACUCCUUUUAUACAAAUUUCUCUAUCUGGGUAACAGGACACCACCUUUAGAAAACUGUCAAAAUACCCAGACAUGUUUGGCGGUAUAAUCACUAUAGGCAAGGAAAAAAAGCACAAGUUAAACUAAUAUUUAUACGUCAGCUCUUGAUUUUUCCAUCUUGUUUGCAAAGUUGUAUUGACAUGUGUUGGCUUUUCACACGAGGGAAACAUUUUAACAGUUUUCUUUCCUACUCCUCUCCCCACGGGAGGUGGGAGCCAGAAUUGAGGAGACCAGUUGCAUUCUAGGCUUUUCGGUGAGCAGUAUGGGAUUGUGUCUCUUCCACCGAGGAGGAGAGGGAAAGGAAGUGGGAGUUGUACUCGCUGUUUCAGUGCUGUGAUUCCAGGGAUGUCCGUAUUUCUCACCUCCAAAUGUAAGUGUAAGGGCACUUCUCAAAAUUAAUUUUAGAAUUCUUUACCUUUUAAAAAUGUUACGUCUCUGCUCCCUUUCAUUACUCUGGGGAAUAGAGAGUUGACUGUACUGCGUGCGAAAGGGCCGUGUUUCUGUUAGUGCUUUGAGCUCUUCUGUUGAGACGGAAGCAGUGCCCUCUUCCUGGUGUGGACAGGUCUGAAAACACAUCAUCACCUGGGCUUUAACACUGACCUUCUGUAUCAUUGUGUCCACAUACACUUUUUAAGGCUGUUCAUUCCUUGCAAUAUUCACUUUGCCAGUUUUUGCACCUGUCUAUUUUAAAGUUUUAAGCACAAUGUUGACCCCUCUGUAAUUUCCUAAAAUUAUAUUGUUUUCCUAUAGACUGCUCAACUUUAUGUAUAAUACUUUAGGAAAAUACUUCCUUGUAAAAUAAAUGUAACUUUUUUUCUUUUGUA